UCAAGGUUCUAGUUAACAUGAUGAGAGAGUUUUCCAAUGAAGUGCAAACAUUUUUCUGAUGCCUCUUAGUCCUAGCAGUAGUAGUGGUACUUAGAUGUAGUUAGCUGGGGCCCUGAAAGGAUCAAUUUCUUUAUUGGCUUCUGAUUUAACACUGUUGUCUUGCUUUAAAUUGCAGAUGCUGGGGGGAAGAUGAGCUUAUUUAAAUUAGGAAGGACGUGUUUUAGAAACCCGUUUUGUGAAAAUAAUGCUAGUAGGAAAAAGGAAGAAAAGUAUUACUGUAUUUCCGACACAUUUUUACUUACACAGUCAGUCAGCAAGGAGAAUACUGCAUCAGAUGAACAAGAUGAUGGCCAAAUUGUGGAUUUGAUUACUGUAGGUGUUGCUAAUGUAAAAAUAGGAAAGAUAGAGGCAGACAGCAAUUCUAGGAAUAGUUCUUCAGCUGUAUAUUCAUGCAUUACACCUCUGAGCAGAAAAUAUUUGGAACGUAGAAACAAUGAAGAGAAGAUUCCAAACAACUGUAAUGUUGAAUGGGGUAGGGAAACUGAUCCUUGUGAGGAAGAGUUAAUUGAAAUUGCCAGAAAUGAAACUCCAAGGCCAUUACCUGAUCAUGAGAUUUUGGAAUCAUUCCCUAGUGAGGCCACUGCUUGUAUAUCUGUUAACACUCCAGAGAAAACAGUUGGCAGUCACUUUAUUUCCAAAAAAUAUGACAGCAAAGAAUUGCAGAUGUCAUCCAUUGAUAAUGAGAUUUUGGAGACUUCUUCUAUUGAGAGUGGCGACAACAAUGUACGUGUCAAUUCAGUGACAUGUAAAGGAUAUUCCAUUCUACAUCAUCCAAAAUCUGAUGAGCAUAGUGCCAAUGAAACAAAUGAAUCUUCAAUCGAAGAGUUUUUGCUAUCUUCGUCCAGUGUGAGUAAUUCUAACAAUAUCUGUUCGAAUACAAAGAUUGAUUGUGUAUCUGGAAAUGGUCAAGAAACUUUUGUCGUGAGUCAACCACCUGCAGUUGUAAGUGAAACCUGUGAAACUCAAUUACAAUCAUCUACUUAUGAGAAAAGCUUCAACUCUUUGACGGCUGAGAUUGAUAUUGGGAAUGGUGCAGGGAAUUCCCUUGUUUGUCAUCCAAUUUCAAAUGAGUGUAAAAGCAAUGAAUCACAUGAGUUAUCAAAUGAAUACUUAUUGCAAUCUGCUUGUAGUGUGAGUAAUCCUAACAAAGCCUGUCCUAAUUCAAGAGUUGAUUGCGUAUUUGGAAAUGGUCAAGAAAACAGAGUUAUCAGUUACCCACUUGCAGUUUUAAGUGCAACUAGUGAAAUACAGUUACAAUCAUCUUCCCAUGAGGAAAUCCUCAACAAUGCGUGUGACACUUUUACGGUUGAGAUUGAAAUUGGUAAUGGUGCAGGAAAUUCCCUUGAAAGCCAUCCAAUGUCAGUUGACAAUGGUGAUAAUGAUAAAAAGAAUGAACCAUCCAUAGAUAAGGAGAUUUUGCAACCAUCCUCUAAUGAGGGUAGCGUCACCAUACCAUGCACUAAUGUAAUGGUUAAUUGCAAACCUAAAAAUUGUCAUGUAAACUCAGCUAUCAGUGACGAUAUGGAGACAUCAAAUCUGGAAGAGCCUAUUUUGCCAUUACCAUCUCAUAGAAGAAGAGGCAACAGACAAUCUUCUGCUGUUGUGAAUGAAAGAGAUAGGGAAAGUGAUCAACAAUUUUCACUCGACAGCCAUUGUGCUACAGUAGAGAGUGAGCAUGGGGUAUCAACUAAAAGUGAUGCAUUUCCUGUGAGUUCCCUGGAAACUUUAAACAGAGCUAGUGGCUCUCCAACUGAAAGCUAUGACAAAAGUUUUUAUGUUGGCAGCCUAAUAAAAGAAUCUAUUUUAGUUGUAAACAAUAUUGACAAUUUUAACACUUCUGAAGACUUGUUAAAUCAUCUUUGUUACGCAUCUGAAUAUCAAGCUCAUGACAACAAUGGAGCGCAUAGCAGUGCACACAAUUGGUCAUCUGAUGCAGAAGUUAAUACAUUUUUAUCUACUGAGGACCUACAAUGUGACACCUCUUCAAAUGCAUGUACUGAUAACUCAUUUGGUUUGCUCAUGAGUGAUAAGACAGAAUCUUUAUUCAAAGCUAAAGUUGCAAACAACCAGUUGAAUAAUUCAUCUUUUGGAAAUACGGUGCACAAUAAAAGUAAUUUAAAGCAGUGUCGUCUUAAGCAAUCCCAAAGAAAGGGUAAGUUGAAGAUUGUAAGGCCUGUUAUGAAGAGUACCCAAACCCAAGGGAGGAAGAAACAAAGAAGCAUUGUUACCAAACAUAUGUUAGCAUUUCAGUGCAGUGAUAGUGAAGAAGCUUCAAACAAAUGCACAAAAGUGACCCAGAAUUCUUCUUGGUCUUCUCAAUUAUCUACCAAAGUAAAGGAAAUCACUAAAAGCUUCACAACACCAAUCCCUAAAAAGAUACAUGACAGAGACCCAGUGUCUGUCUGUUCUGAAAACCAAUCUGCUUUGAGGAAAAGUGCUGAAGUACCUGAGGAACACUUUAGUGAAAUUGUUGGAAUAGGUAUGAAUAUCAAAACUAUGUUUAAUAGACAUACUGCAUUUCCCCCUGUUGAUGACUGUGCAUUUUCAGUUUGUUGUGCUUUAGAUGACAAUAAUAACAAGGAGACUGCAGCUUUGAAAUCCUCUGCAAAUUCUGCUGGUUCUUCUGAGGAGCCCAAAAGACUGGUAGAAACAAAUUCUCACUCUGAGAAAUAUGUACCUAAACUCUUUGCUGCCUUCAGUAAUUUUAUCCAGGCUGUUCCCAAACCUGUACCGUUAUCUUCAGAGCAUGAACCCUCACACAUAGAUAGAAGGGAUGCGUGGAAGAAAAUAUUUGAACUAGCUAAAGCAAGGCAGAAGAGAAUCUAG